AACCGGACUCCGUCAAGCAGUGCGUUAUAUUUAUUUUCCCGUCCAAAUAUUCUUGCUUAUCUGCAACACUUCAAUCUUCUAAUUCCCAGCGGAAUCAGAAUAAAGAUCCAAACUUUAUACUCCAAUUCUUCUAAUUUAGAGGACUUGUGAUUGUUGGUUAGGCCUUUUCAAGAUAAUCAGAAAAACAUCAAACAUGUUUUUUGAAGGAUAUGGAUUUCGUGGAACAUCAUUCGAGCAAACUUACAGAUGCUACCCUGCAACCUUUAUUGACAAGCCACAAAUAGAAAAUGGUGAUAAAAUUAUAAUGCCUCCCUCAGCUCUUGAUCGCCUUGCGUCUCUGCAUAUUGAUUAUCCAAUGUUGUUUGAGCUGCGGAAUGCGGCUACUGAGCGGGUUUCUCAUUGUGGGGUUCUGGAGUUUAUUGCGGAAGAAGGCAUGGUAUAUAUGCCAUACUGGAUGAUGGAGAAUUUGCUUCUACAAGAAGGAGACAUUGUGCGAGUGAAGAAUGCCACUCUUCCAAAGGGGACAUAUGUAAAACUACAACCCCACACAAUGGACUUUUUGGAUAUAUCCAAUCCAAAAGCCAUCUUAGAGACUACACUGAGGAACUUUUCUUGCUUAACCACUGGAGACAGUAUUAUGGUAGCCUACAACAAUAAAAAGUACUACAUAGAUAUCAUUGAGGCAAAGCCUUCAAAUGCCAUAACUAUCAUUGAGACAGACUGUGAGGUGGACUUCGCUCCUCCUCUUGAUUACAAGGAACCAGAAAAGCCUGCCACAUCUCUUCCUUCAAGCAAGGCACCAAUAGAAGGUCAAGAGGCUGCAGCUGAGGCUGAACCGAAGUUUAAUCCUUUCACAGGAGCAGGGAGACGUUUAGACGGGAAGCCUUUGAAGUUUGAGUCCCCACCGCCUUCUUCUUCUUCUGGGUCCAGAGACAAGCAACCUGUCACUUCUAGUGGAAGGGGACAGCCUUCUUUAGGAUCUAGUGCCCAAAGUAGCUCACGCCAGUCGCAGGGUAAACUUGUGUUUGGUUCAAAUGCAAAUAAGCCAAAUGGAACACCAAAGGAAGCCGCUAAGGAGACUAAACCAGAGCAGUCCUCAGCGAAAGAAGAGCCAAAAUUUCAAGCCUUUACAGGAAAGAAAUACUCGCUUAGGGGUUAAUUGUGUUGCACUGUUGCUCAAUGAUCAUAAUGUUUAAAUUAUUUCUUUUCUUUCCAGUUUAGUAUGGCAUACACUAUGUUGAACUAUAAUGUUGUAUGGUUGACUCACAUAAGUUAUCGGGUUUGAAGAUGGUAGGAAGCUGGUAGAAAGUGAAAGUGUCCUAGCAUGGUUGAUGAAAAUCUCUAUCAAGGUCUAUCUAAUUUGAAGCCUAUAAAUUCAUAUCAUGCAUCACGAAACCAUAUUUGUAUUUCAAAUCAUAUGGCUUUGGCUCUUUUCUCUUGA